UCCAAAAAUCGAAAGUACUUCACAAAGCUCAAUUGAUAAUAAUGAAACAAACAGAUCCGAAAUUACGUCUGGAAGAUCGUUAAAAAACGAACAAAGAUUGUGGAGGGUUCAACUUCAUUUUGAUACAUUAAUUACGCCAUUUUGCGUUGAUAUUAAAAUUCUUGCCUAUUUGUACUUCUUUCUUAGAGAGUUGUUAUCAUAUUCAUCAAACGAUGUUUUAACAAGUGGUGGUAGCGUGAUCUUGGGUGCUAAAGAAAUUGGAGAGUUAUCAUUUUCAUCAUCACUAUUAUUAAAUAAUGAAGUCAUUUCCAUACAUAAUUCAAUAUCAUUAUAA